UGCAAUAAAUCUUCAGCCCUGAUUUGAAAAUCUAAACCUUGGAGUUGGACUCUAUAAGUGAUUAUGGGUAUGUUCACACCUGCGUAUUUUCUGCUGGAAAUUUGCUUCGCUGAUUUUCACCAGUGGUCGCCCCCUUCCCAUAGACUUUCGUUGAGGGGGCGGCCUCGAACACGGAAGCCCGCACCCAGUGUCUGUAGUAAUAAACUUCCGGACGCUGCGAGCGGAACUCCGGAAGACAGGGCAGUGGAGAACCCCUUUAAUGUCAGUGGGCAUAGCCAUAAAAUGACAUCUAGGGACUCACAAUCACGUCUUUUCUGAUCAGCGCCGUCCUCUUUCCUUUUCUUCUCCAUUCAGAUCAGACCAACAUGACGGCUUCUUCCAGCCAAAACUUCAUCUCUUCUGCAUCUGCGGGACAAACAUGUUAGACUCCGUAUUUUGCUAGUGCCAGUGCCCUCCUCUACACAAUCUCCCCAUCUUUUCACUAUGAGGUCUUUUCUCUUGUAGGUCCGUCAUUGCUUUGAGGUUAGGUUAGAAACGCUACAGUCCCGUCAUGUAGGUGGACGAGUGGCUUGUAGCAGUGGUUAUAAUCCAGGAUUGGUCUCGUCAAUCCCCUUUGUGGUCUUUGGGCGGAACUGGACCGAUCACUGCUGUGGGCUCUAGAAUUGAGCGCGGCCUCUCUCGUUCUCAAGUGAUUUUUCUUUUCGGUAGGACUGGUUAAGUCUACACACACAGCGCACUUUUGUAAUGUCCUAUUCAUAUGGCUGUGGGGUUCUUAUCAUCGUUAUUGUCCAUACUUUUUCCUAUGGCUUGUCGGGUUUGGCCCCUUUUGACAUGCAAGCAGUGUAUGAUGGUCGUUUAUUAGUGGGGGUCCACGUGGUCUAGUGGUGGGAGGAACCGGUUUUCAUCAGUUUACCUGACAGGUUAAUACGGUGAAUGUGCACGUGGUGUUUAGGGAGUAUUAGUGGCGUCUUGGCGAGUAAGGGUAAUGGCAGGGGGGUCCUUAGUUCCACUGAUACUUCACUAAGGACUGUUUGUGUAGGCCAUGGUCCGUGUGCUAGUUCAGCAGUCGAGACCCUUGUCUUACCUCAAGUUUAAAGACUAUGCUACUUCCCUAUGUAUGCUGGGGUUUGCCCUCUUAAGGUGUACCCCCCGAUGGCAGCCUGGGCACACCUCUAGCUGCAGAUUAGGUGAGGUAGGUAUAUGUUACUCGCACCUGUAGAGGCAGGUUAGGUGAGUUAGGGGUAUGUGUCGCUUACACUUUCAGUCGUAGCUUAGUUUAGGUAGGUAUACGUUCAGCAUGCAAAAGGCCUUGGCCAUAAAUGAUAUAUUUUAUGUAUUUUGCUUGGAGGUUUCCUUGUUUUCCUUGUAGAUGUUUUUCAGUUAUUUUCCUGAGUAUCAAAAUUAUAAUAUUUGAGUAAUUCUCUAAUUUAUUUUAUUAUUAAUUUUGACACCUUUCUGUUUAGUGAUAGUGACGUAUACACUAUUAUUAUUAUUUUUAUUAGUAUUAAUAUUGUAUAGUUUGUACGGUUGGAAAAAGCCUUAGGUCCAUAUGUCUGCAGAUCUGCCAUGCACAAGGCUCAAAACGUUGGUUAUUCUGUAUUUUUUUGUGCUAUUUUCUGUACUUUCCUAAUCUCACUAACCUGCCUGUCUGUGUCCCAAUGGAUGUAACUAAUAUAAAGUAACAUUCCUUAUAUAGAGAACAGUGCUGAGGUCUCUCCAGGUUCCUAUAAGGUGUCAGGACGUGGCGGUCUAUUUCUCCAUGGAGGAGUGGGAGUAUGUAGAAGGACACAAGGAUCAGUACAAGGAUCAGGUGAUGAUGGAGGAUCAGCAGCCCCUCACAUCAGCAGUCAGAUCCAGUAAGAGAACAGCAGCAGAGAGGUGUCCCCGUCCUCUUCUUCCACAGGAUCAGGAUCAGCUUAUGGAUCAGGGUAAAGCUCUGAACUAUAUUAAUGCUACAGACAUGAAGGAAGAAGAGACAGAUGUGAGCGAUAAUGAUCAGUAUAAGGAGGACAUUCCUACAGGGAAGGAUCUGAACUAUAUUAAUGCUACAGACAUAAAGGAAGAAGAGGAGGAGACAGCUGUGAGCGGUGAUGAGCAGUAUAAAGAGGACAUUCUUUCAGAAAAAGAUCUGAUUUAUAUUAAUGCUACAGACAUAAAGGAAGAAGAAGAGACAGAUGUGAGCGGGAUUGAGCAGUAUAAGGAGGACAUUCCUACAGGGAAAGAUAUGAACUAUAUUGAUGCUACAGACAUAAAGAAAGAAGAGACAGAUGUGACUGGUGAUGAGCAGUAUAAGGAGUGCAUUCCUACAGGCAAAGAUCUGAUCUAUGUUAAUGCUAGAGACAUAAAGGAAGAAGAAGAAGAGACAGAUGUGAGCGGUGAGGAGCAGUAUAAGGAGGACAUUCCUACAGGGAAAGAUAUGAACUAUAUUAAUACUAAAGAUAUAAAGAAAGAAGAGACAGAUGUGAGUGGUGAUGAGCAGUAUAAAGAGUGCAUUCCUACAGGCAAAGAUCUGAUCUAUGUUAAUGCUACAGACAUAAAGAAAGAAGAAGAAGAGACAGAUGUGAGCGGUGAUCAGCAGUAUAAGGAGGAAAUUCCUACAGGUAACCCACAAGAUGACUGUACCAGGAGAUCAGAGGAGAAUCUUCUAUCUUCAUAUUAUAAAGCAGAUGAUGAUAUCACACAAGAUACAUAUGAAGAACAUUCCAUUAUCCCAGAUACACCCUCAGCCCUUCACAGACAAGAUCUGUCAUCUGUGAAUGUUAAGUCACAUCUUGUUGAGCAUCAGAGAAUUCACACAGGGAAGAAACUUUUUUCAUGCCAAGAAUGUGGAAAAUGUUUUAUUUUCAAAUCGCAGUUUGAUAGACAUGUGAGAAUUCACACAGGAGAGAAGCCAUUUUCAUGCCAAGAAUGUGGGAAAUGUUUUACUGUGAAAUCGAAUCUUGUUGCACAUAAGACAAUUCACACAGGGGAGAAGCCCAUUUCAUGCUCAGAAUGUGGAAAAUGUUUUAUUUACAAAUCACAGCUUGAUAGACAUGUGAGAAUUCACACAGGAGAGAAGCCAUUUUCAUGUCAAGAAUGUGGAAAAUGUUUUACUAUGAAAUCAUAUCUUGUUGACCAUCAGAGGAUUCAUGUGGAGGAGAAGCCAUUUUCAUGCUCAGAAUGUGGAAAAUGCUUUACUAUGAAAUCACAUCUUGUUCGACAUCAGAGAACUCACACAGGGGAGAAGCCAUUUUCAUGCCAAGAAUGUGGGAAAUGUUUUACUGUGAAAUCACAUCUUGUUCGACAUCAGAGAACUCACACGGGAGAGAAGCCAUUUUCAUGUCAAGAAUGUGGGAAAUGUUUUAUUUUCAAAUCGCAGCUUGAUAAACAUGUGAUAAUUCACACAGGAGAGAAGCCAUUUUCAUGUCAAGAAUGUGGGAAAUGUUUUACUAUGAAAUCAUAUCUUGUUGACCAUCAGAGGAUUCAUGUGGGGGAGAAGCCAUUUUCGUGCUCAGUAUGUGGAAAAUGUUUUACUAUGAAAUCACAUCUUGUUCGACAUCAGAGAAUUCACACAGGGGAGAAGCCAUUUUCAUGCCAUGAAUGUGGGAAAUGUUUUACUAUGAAAUCAUAUCUUGUUGCACAUCAGAUAAUUCACACAGGGGAGAAGCCCUUUUCAUGCUCUGAAUGUGGAAAAUGUUUUAUUUUCAAAUCACAGCUUGAUAACCAUGUGAGAACUCACACUGGGGACAAGCCAUUUCCAUGCAAAGUAUGUGCGAAAUGUUUUAUUUUCAAAUCACAGCUUGAUAGCCACGUGAGAAUUCACACAGGGGAGAAGCCAUUUCCAUGCCAAGAAUGUGGAAAAUGUUUUGUUUUGAAAUCACAGCUUGAUAAACAUAUGCGAACUCACACAGGAGAGAAGCCAUUUUCAUGCCAAGAAUGUGGCAAAUGUUUUGCUAUGAAAUCAAAUCUUGUUGACCAUCAGCGGAUUCACACAGGGGAGAAGCCUUUUUCCUGCUCAGAAUGUGGGAAAUGUUUUACUAUGAAAUCACAUCUUGUUCAACAUCAGAGAACUCACACAGGAGAGAAGCCAUUUUCAUGCCAAGAAUGUGGGAAAUGUUUUACUAUGAAAUCACAUCUUGUUGCACAUCAGAUAAUUCACACGGGGGAGAAGCGUUUAUCAUGCUCAGAAUGUGGUAAAUGUUUUAUUUUCAAAUCACAGCUAGAUAGACAUGUGAGAAUUCACACAGGAGAGAAGCCAUUUUCAUGCCAAGAAUGUGGGAAAUGUUAUACUAUGAAAUCAUAUCUUGUUGCACAUGAGAGAAUUCACACAGGGGAGAAGCCCUUUUCAUGCUCAGAAUGUGGAAAAUGUUUUAUUCUCAAAUCAGAACUUUAUAAGCAUAUGAUUAAUCACACAGGGAAGAAGCCAUUUUCAUGCCAAGAAUGUGGGAAAUGUUUUGCUAUGAAAUCAAAUCUUGUUGACCAUCAGCGGAUUCACACAGGGGAGAAGCCAUUUUCAUGCCAAGAAUGUGGGAAAUGUUUUACUAUGAAAUCACAUCUUGUUCGACAUCAGAGAACUCACACAGGGGAGAAACCAUUUUCAUGCUUAGAAUGUGGAAAAUGUUUUGUGGAGAAAGCAAGGCUUGUUGAACAUCAAAGAGCUCACACAGGGGAGAAGCCAUUUUUAUGUUCAGAAUGUGGGAAAUGUUUUACUCAGAAAUCACAUUUUGUUGAACAUCAGAUAAUUCACACACAAAAGAACAUGGCCACGUACAAGUUUGCCAAGGUGCACGCCACGGGUGUCCCCAUGGCUACGCCUCCCACCUGUGUAUACCACUCGUUGUUAAACACAUUUGAGGAUAACGCUAGUUUCAGGGAAUCGCAGACAAAGUCGACACUACAGUAUGUGGGCCGGACCAUUCAACCAUUGAGGACCCGCCUGAAUAACCAUAGACAAAACAUUAGAAACAAGUACCAGCUUCAUGGAGUAUCCAGACACUGCGCUUUACUCCACCCUGAAGUAACAGAUGUCUACACGGUCAUUCCCAUCGAUCAUAUCCCUGUUGAGUUUACCAACCGCUUUGAUCUACUAAAAAAGAAAGAAAUCUUUUGGAUGUACAAAUUAUCUACGGUCGCACCAAAAGGACAUAAAAUGCCGCAACUGAUAGUGAAAGCACUCAGAUGUGGGGAGAUCCCAACAAGCCUUCAAUUGUUCAAAAGGCACGAGAGAACACGACAGAGGGUCCACUACAUCCGCACAACAGAAAAGGCCUCGAGAUCCCCACUCCCGCACCAUAGCAAAAGACAGACCAGAAGGAAAGUCAGGAUGAUAAAGAGAACAGUGCUGAGGUCUCUCCUGGUUCCUAUAAGGUGUCAGGACGUGGUGGUCUAUUUCUCCAUGGAGGAGUGGGAGUAUGUAGAAGGACACAAGGAUCAGUACAAGGAUCAGGUGAUGAUGGAGGAUCAGCAGCCCCUCACAUCAGCAGUCAGAUCCAGUAAGAGAACAGCAGCAGAGAGGUGUCCCCGUCCUCUUCUUCCACAGGAUCAGGAUCAGCUUAUGGAUCAGGGUAAAGAUCAGAACUAUAUUAAUGCUACAGACAUAAAGAAAGAAGAGACAUAUGUGAGCGGUGAUGAUCGGUAUAAGGAGGACAUUCCUACAGGGAAAAAUAUGAUCUAUAUUAAUGCUACAGACAUAAAGGAAGAAGAGACAGAUGUGAGCGGUGAUGAGCAGUAUGAAGAGGACAUUCCUACAGUAAAAGAUCUGACCUAUAUUAAUGCUACAGACAUAAAGGAAGAAGAAGAGACAGAUGUGAGCGGUGAUGAGCAGUAUAAGGAGGACAUUCCUACAGGAAAAGAUCUGACCUAUAUUAAUGCUACAGACAUAAAGGAAGAUGAAGAAGAGACAGAUGUGAGCGAUGAUGAGCGGUAUAAGGAGGACAUUCCUACAGGAAAAGAUCUGAUCUAUAUUAAUGCUAGAGACAUAAAGGAAGAAGAAGAGGAGACAGAUGUGAGCAGCGAUGAACAGUAUAAGGAGGACAUUCCUACAGGGAAAGAUAUGAACUAUAUUAAUACUGCAGACAUAAAGGAAGAAGAGACAGAUGUGAGCUGUGAGGAGCAGUAUAAGGAGGACAUUCCUUCAGGGAAAGAUCUGAUCUAUAUUAAUGCUACAGACAUAAAGGAAGAAGAAGAGGCAGAUGUGAGUGGUGAUGAGCAGUAUAAGGAGGACAUUCCUACAGGUAACCCCCAAGAUGACUGUACCAGGAGAUCAGAGAAGAAUCUUAUAUCUUCAUAUUAUAAAGCAGAUGAUGAUUUCACACAAAAUACAUACGAUGAUCAGAAAAUCCACACAGGAGGGAAUCCACUUUCAUGCCAAGAAUGUGGGAAAUGUUUUAUUUUCAAAUCACAGCUUGAUAGACAUGUAAGAACUCACACAGGGGAAAAGCCAUUUUCAUGUCAAGAAUGUGAGAAAUCUUUUAUUUUCAAAUCACAGCUUGAUAGACAUGUGAGAAUUCACACAGGAGAGAAGCCAUUUUCAUGCCAAGAAUGUGGGAAAUGUUUUACUAUUAAAUCAUAUCUUGUUGCACAUCAGAAAAUUCACACAGGGGAGAAUUUAUUUUCAUGCCAAGCAUGUGGGAAAUGUUUUAUUUUCAAAUCACAGCUAGAAAAACAUGUGAGAAUUCACAAAAGGGAGAAGCCAUUUUCAUGCUCAGAAUGUGGGAAAUGUUUUACUAUGAAAUCAUAUCUUGUUUCACAUCAGAGAAUUCACACAGGGGAGAAGCCCUUUUCAUGCUCAGAAUGUGGAAAAUGUUUUAUUCUCAAAUCAGAACUUGAUAAACAUGUGAGAAAUCACACAGGGAAGAAGCCAUUUCCAUGCCAAGAAUGUGGAAAAAUGUUUAUUUUCAAAUCCCAGCUUGAUAGACAUGUGAGAAUUCACACAGGAGAGAAGCCAUUUUCAUGCCAAGAAUGUGGGAAAUGUUUUACCAUGAAAUCAUAUCUUGUUGCACAUCAGAAAAUUCACACAGGCGAGAAUUUAUUUUCAUGCCAAGAAUGUGGGAAAUGUUUUAUUUUCAAAUCACAGCUUGAUAGACAUGUGAGAACUCACACAGGAGAUAAGCCAUUUCCAUGCCAAGAAUGUGGAAAAUGUUUUAUUUUCAAAUCCCAGCUUGAUAGACAUGUGAGAAUUCACACAGGAGAGAAGCCAUUUUCAUGCCAAGAAUGUGGGAAAUGUUUUACUAUGAAAUCAUAUCUUGUUGCACAUCAGCGGAUUCACACAGGGGAGAAGCCCUUUUCAUGCUCAGAAUGUGGAAAAUGUUUUAUUCUCAAAUCAGAACUUGAUAAACAUGUGAGAACUCACACAGGGGAGAGGCCAUUUUCAUGCCAAGAAUGUGGGAAAUGUUUUACUAUGAAAUCAUAUCUUGUUGCACAUCAGCGGAUUCACACAGGGGAGAAGCCCUUUUCAUGCUCAGAAUGUGGAAAAUGUUUUAUUCUCAAAUCAGAACUUGAUAAACAUGUGAGAACUCACACAGGGGAGAGGCCAUUUUCAUGCCAAGAAUGUGGGAAAUGUUUUACUAUGAAAUCAUAUCUUGUUGCACAUCAGCGGAUUCACACAGGGGAGAAGCCCUUUUCAUGCUCAGAAUGUGGAAAAUGUUUUAUUCUCAAAUCAGAACUUGAUAAACAUGUGAGAAAUCACACAGGGAAGAAGUCAUUUUCAUGCCAAGAAUGUGGGAAAUGUUUUACCAUGAAAUCAUAUCUUGUUGCACAUCAGAAAAUUCACACAGGCGAGAAUUUAUUUUCAUGUCAAGAAUGUGGGAAAUGUUUUAUUUUCAAAUCACAGCUUGAAAAACAUGUGAUAAUUCACACAGGGGAGAAGCCAUUUUCAUGCCAAGAAUGUCGGAAAUGUUUUACUAGGAAAUCAUAUCUUGUUGCACAUCAGAUAAUUCACACAGGGGAGAAACCCUUUUCUUGCCAAGAAUGUGGGAAAUGUUUUAUUUUCAAAUCACAGCUUGAUAGACACCUGAGAACUCACACAGGGGAUAAGCCAUUUCCCUGCCAAGAAUGUGGAAAAUGUUUCAUUUUCAAAUCACAGCUUGAUAAACAUGUGAGAACUCACACAGGGGAGAAGCUGUUUUCAUGCCAAGAAUGUGGGAAAUUUUUUGCUAUGAAAUCAAACCUUGUUGACCAUCAGCGGAUUCACACAGGGGAGAAGCCAUUUUCCUGCUCAGAAUGUGGGAAAUGUUUUACUAUGAAAUCACAUCUAGUUCGACAUCAGAGAGCUCACAAAGGGGAGAAGCCAUUUUCAUGCCAAGAAUGUGGGAAAUGUUUUACUAUGAAAUCAUAUCUUGUUGCACAUCAGCGGAUUCACACAGGGGAGAAGUCCUUUUCAUGCUCAGAAUGUGGAAAAUGUUUUAUUCUCAAAUCAGAACUUGAUAAACAUGUGAGAAAUCACACAGGGAAGAAGUCAUUUUCAUGCCAAGAAUGUGGAAGAUGUUUUAUUUUCAAAUCACAGCUUGAUAGACAUGUGAGAAUUCACACAGGAGAAAAGCCAUUUUCAUGCCAAGAAUGUGGGAAAUGUUUUACUAUGAAAUCAUAUCUUGUUCACCAUCAGAGGAUUCAUGUGGGAGAGAAGCCAUUUUCAUGCUCAGAAUGUGGAAAAUGUUUUAUUUUCAAAUCACAGCUUGAUAGCCAUGUAAGAACUCACACAGGGGAGAAGCCAUUUCCAUGCCAAGAAUGUGGGAAGUGUUUUAUUUUGAAAUCACAGCUUGGUAAACAUGUGCGAACUCACACAGGGGAGAAGCCAUUUUCAUGCCAAGAAUGUGGGAAAUGUUUUGCUAUGAAAUCAAAUCUUGUUGACCAUCAGCGGUUACACACAGGGGAGAAGCCUUUUUCCUGCUCAGAAUGUGGGAAAUGUUUCACUAUGAAAUCACAUCUUGUUCGACAUCAUAGAACUCACACAGGGGAGAAGCCAUUUUCGUGCCAAGAAUGUGGGAAAUGUUUUACUAUGAAAUCAUAUCUUGUUGCACAUCAGAUAAUUCACACAGGGGAGAAGCCUUUUUCAUGCUUAGAAUGUGGAAAAUGUUUUAUUCUCAAAUCACAGCUUGAUAGACAUGUUAGAAUUCACACAGGGGAGAAGUCAUUUUCAUGCUUAGAAUGUGGACAAUGUUUUGUCGAGAAAAAAAGGCUUGUUGAACAUCAAAGAACUCACACAGGGAAGAAGCCAUUUUCAUGUUCAAAAUGUGGGAAAUGUUUUACUCAGAAAUCAAAUCUUGUUGUACAUCAGAGAAUUCACACACAAAAUAAGCUAAUUUCAUCACCAGAAUGUGGGAAAAGUUUUUGUUGUUAAAAAAAUUACAAAUUUUGUCGCAGUAAACAUGUUUGCUUUUCGUGUGACUUUUCAUCUACCACACACUCAGUUUGAGUUCACUGGACGGUAAUUUAUGUGAAGUGCGACUUUCAUGAAAAGUAAAAAAAAACAAAAAACAAUUGUAUCCCAUUUUUGUUGUGUAUUUCACACACACUUGGUUAUCUACACUGUAAUCGUGUGGAAAUGAAUUGUUUAUUUUAUGGACAUAUAUUAUGUAAUUAAAGAGG